UCGACAUUCACUAACGCCAUGUUCUUCAAUUUUCUUUCAUUCCAGAAGAGGAAACACUAAUGGUGAUACAAAUCGCUUCUAACGAUAGCAGCCAAAAUGAUUCUGAAGAUGAUGUUAAAAUUGAAAGAUCACUAAGAUCGGAAGGAAUUGUGUUCCCAUUGCGACAGGAAGAAGACAUUGAGCGUUUGGAGCGCAUGGUCAGAGAAGAUCCGUUCUUACGCCAACAAUACAUUGAUCACAUAUCGAAAAAGGUGUGCGGCCAACAGAACAUCGUUUCGGAUAUCCAGAAAAUUUUCACCAAUAAGUCCUUGGAGAACUACACCUAUGAUGGCGUUUACAACUCGAAGUACCCGCGAAAGGCGAUGAAGCACUACGACAUUUUCACUGAUUGCUUGCUGACUGCUUGGAUGGACGAUGUCACAGCAGAUGAGCUCAAGAAGGCGCUGAUCAAGACAACACAGAAAGCGAAGCAAAACCUAUCAUCGGCUCGAUACUAUCAAAGAUAUCGCAAUAGGUUGCUGGAGCAACGGAAAGUUAGCUGGAGACUUAAGGCCAAAGCUAGAAAAAAUCAAUCCGAGUAGGCGAAAUUGUAGAUCGGGUUUAAUUCGAUGCUAGGCUGUUUGUGCUUUUCUACAGAUUAUGCAGAAAAUACAAGAAUACAUCUAAUCGCCAACGAGUAAUGAAA